GAGACGGGAGAUCGCAGAGAGCAGAGGAAGGGGUGAGGUCUCGUUUGUCACGUUUUAAAAAGCUUGGCAGGCUGUCAGUGUGGAGGCUGGGAGGCGGUCAUGGUGGGACGGGGGCUGUGGGUGUGCAAGCCCCGGUUUGGCAAGCGAGGCAGCAGGUUUGGCGUUUUGCCUUUGCUCUGUGCGGCGAUAGUGACCGCUGCUCUGUUCUCUCUGCUCUUUGUGGACUCCAUUGAAUCGUGGGUCACCUCUAUGAGUAUGAACGCAGCGGUGGAAGCGCAUGCUGGGAUCAUUCCUCCACAGAGUGUACCUCCCACCAGACCGGAGGAGUUCUUACUCAUGCCCAGCCCUCUCGUUUGCCAACGCGCCAAGCCUUAUCUCAUCACCAUGGUCACCUCCGCUCCUGCCAACCAGCGAGCGCGUCAGGCCAUCAGGGACACCUGGGGUGGCGAGGACAGGGUCAAGGGCCUCCGGGUCAUGACACUGUUCAUGGUGGGCGUGGCGUCGGACCCGGGACUGGCCAAGCUGUUGAUAGAGGAAGCCCGUGAGAGGGGAGACCUGAUCCAGGGUCGUUUUGUAGACACCUAUUCCAACCUGACUCUGAAGACCCUGUCCAUGCUGGGCUGGGCCCGCCGGUUCUGCCCUCAGGCCCACUUCAUGGCCAAAGUGGAUGACGAUGUCCUAUUCAACCCAAGUUCUCUCCUGCACUUCCUUAAUAGGAGCCGUAACCCCUACGAACAAGGUGACCUGUACCUUGGCCGCGUGCAUCUCCGCGUGGCUCCCGACCGUGACCCGGAGAGUAAGCACUAUCUCCCCGCUGGAGCUUACCCGCCCUCUGUCUUUCCAGACUACUGCAGCGGCACAGCCUACGUCCUCUCCCGCUCUGCUCUGCUUAAAAUAUCUCUUGCUGCCGCUGCCUCACCUCUGUCCACACCCCUGCCCCCUGAGGAUGUAUUUGUUGGUCUGUGUGCCCGUACUGCCGGGGUGCUACCCUCGCAUUGUCCACUGUUCUCCGGUGGACCGGCUGUGCCGUACGGACGCUGCUGCUAUCAGGCAAUGGUGUCCAUCCAUCACAUUUCACCCAGGGAUAUGUUACGCUACUGGGCUGACGUCCACUCCUCUGCUCCCUGCUCCUGGCUUGGCCUCCGUGCUUCUUUAGGGGUCUGCAAAGUCAGGGCCAUGCUUGGGUUGGCCCUGGGGCUGGAACUGGGGUUGUGAGGGUGUGUAUAAUGUGAAGCAAGAAGAGAAGGCUGGGCCGCACUUCAAUACUGUCCAUAGCAUAGGCGCUCCCCUGGCUGUGAGGCAACACUGUGUGCACUAAGAAAAUGUAAUUUUAUUUUUAUAGCUUGAUUUUUUUGUAAACACUCGAAUGUAUUUAUGCUUAUUUUAUUACACGUUUUGCCAAAAGAAAUAACCUGUCGGUGGAGGAGGUAGGAUGAAACUAUGAAGACUGUUACAGUAUGCCACAUUACUACCACAAUGACAACAACUGUAGAUACAGCAUAUUUAAAAGAACAAAAACAAGCAAAUACACAACAUUUGCAUGCUGGUAGUGCACAUGGUGAAAAGGAGCAGCUUAUUAUAAGGAUCAAUGCAAUAAGGAGCAAAUCUUUACGUUGACACAGCUUGAAAGCUAUACGUAGUCUCCUGCCACCGUAACGCCACCAUAAGAGCAUGACGUCCCCCAAAAGGGGAGAUUAUAAUGGGAUAAAUAGGCACACCCACCGGGGGGCAUAUGCCUCACUGACGUUUAAACCAGCCGGGAUUUAUUAACCAAACCUUUCCUUUUGUUCCACGUUGAAUAACCGGUCUCUUAUUUGUCUCUAUUAUAACAUCUUUGUAGCCUUUUAAUAGAACCAGCCAACAAAACAGUAGAUAUUUAUAAAAAAAAAUAUUUUUACCACAUGUGGAAUAUUAAGCAAGACAGCAGUGUAUUGGACAGGAUUCCUCAUUCUGUAAGAUAGGAUACAACGUGUGCCAGCCAUUGUUAGC